GCCCACAUCAAAGAGGCCGAGGUCUGGAUCACUCAGGAGGAAGAGUGUCUUCUAGGACAGGAGGAGGCUGACCUGACCAGGUUUCCACUGACUGUGGUCUCUGUGAAGACCAUGGCCACAAACCACCUGAGUCCUCCCAGCUUGGUCCCAGUCCAAACAUCUGUGAAGAACAUAUCUCUGAGCAGCACAACUCGUUUUCCAGGAUGGAGCAGAAGGAGCGACGGCCCCCUCAAAAAAAAGGGGGAAGAUGAGCCACAUUUCCCACAAAUUAAAGAGGAAGAGGAGGAAUUACGGCCUCCUCACUUUAAAAAAGAAGGCGAGGGGCCAGAUCCCGCCCGAAUGAACACAUAACAGAAGCUGAUGGAGACCACUGUGGAGGAUCAUUAGCAGACAUAGCUCCACCAUCAGAUAGUGACGACACGACAUCUCACUCUCCUGACACUGAUGAUGAUGAUGAUGAAGAAGAUGAUGACACUGAGGAUGACGACUUUAUAGCUGUCCUCAGGUGACUAGACCGGAAAAAGGAUCCCAGUGGCUUUGUCUCCGCCUCCACGCUACACAAAUACCAGCGCAGAAGCAAAGCUCGCUGCACUCUCAUCACAGCAUUAUUGCUCUGCACUCCGGUGUCCAGUUGUUGUUGGGACGCAAUGGCAGAUGAAAGCUUUCAGCGGGACUUCCUGGAGGCGCACAACGCUUACCGGGCCGUACACGGCUCCCCACCCAUGGCCCUCAGCCAGGAGGUGAGCGCGGCGGCCCAGACGUGGGCGGAUCGCCUGCUAGCUUCAGGCGCCAUGCAGCACAGCAACACCGCGGAUGGAGAAAAUAUUUACACCAAGUGGAGCUCGGCCGCCGUUGAACCGACAGGAAAAGAAGCUGUAGAUUCCUGGUACAGUGAAGUCAACAACUACAACUGGAGCAGACCUGGGUUUAGUAGCGGCACGGGUCAUUUUACUCAGAUCGUGUGGAAAGAAAGCGUCCACCUGGGAGUCGGCAUGGCAACUGAUGGCCACCGGGUCUUUGUGGUUGGCCAAUACCGACCAGCUGGCAAUAUUAACGGGCCGCGACACUUCAUGGCAAAUGUCCUCCCACCAGUUGAGGGAGGAGCUAGUGGAGAUGACACUCCCUGCAAAGUGAGUGGAGAUGACACUCCCUGCAAGACGGCAGCAGGACAGCCAGCACAGACCUGCACACAGCAGUAGAAAACCUGGAACAACUUUUUGUACGCCUGUGACAAAUGUGUCAAAGAAAAACAACUAUUAUUGACAUUACACUAGUUCCACAUUAGGCUGGUGGACAAAAAAGUAAAAAAAAAACCAACAAAGACAAACUCAGCUGCAAUAGUCCUUAUAUUACAUAAAUAUUAUAAAUGAGCUUUAAUGCACCAAACUGUACCUAAAACAUGCUAUAUUGCACUUUUACACAACUAUGAUUAUUCAAAGAACCUUUCUUUGAUUACUAAAAUAUAAUUGUCAGUUUGUAAACAUGUCAAAAUGAUGACAAUCAUCACGCAGUUACACCAAAUGGUCGCUUGGGGGCAGUGUUUCCACCUGAGGAAAUCCCGGCUGAGACCGGAAACACAUUCCUUUUGCGCCGGGUUCUUAACACA